CCGGUUGGGGCGUACGCGCGUUGGUAAUAACACUGAAGUCACACAAAAGAGAAGGCCUUUGGUUGGUUGGUUUAAGUAUCUGUGGUUACGAACGAGUCCCACAGACAAAUACAAAGGUCGAGUCUUGGGGGAGUAGGAUCCAUUGCCACAGAGAUGAAGGUCCUUGGAAUCGAUUUCAGCUGUGCGUUGGGGGCUCUUGCCAACGGUCACUUUCCUGAGAAGGAUUGCUUGCUGCCCCUUAUUUCAAAGCUCCUCGGCUAUGCCAUCGUCGCCGCUUCCACCACUGUCAAGCUCCCUCAGAUAAUGAAAAUUUUGCAACAUGGAAGUGUGAGAGGUCUUAGUAUUGUGGCUUUUGAGCUUGAAGUAGUUGGGUACACCAUUGCUCUGGCCUAUUGUCUUCAUAAAGGGCUUCCAUUCUCAGCUUAUGGGGAAUUGGCCUUUCUUCUGAUCCAAGCUAUAAUAUUAGUUGCCAUUAUCUACUAUUACUCCCAACCUGUGGGUAUGAAAACGUGGAUCAGGGCGUUACUAUAUUGUGCACUAGCACCAACCAUAUUAGCUGGUCAAAUCGAUCCUAUUCUCUUUGAAGCUCUAUAUGCAUCCCAGCAUGCAAUUUUUCUAUGUGCUAAGAUCCCACAGAUAUGGGCGAACUUUUCUAAUAAAAGUACAGGGGAGCUCAGCUUCUUAACCAAUUUCAUGAAUUUUGGAGGUUCUAUGGUGAGAGUUUUUACCAGCAUCCAAGAAGCAGCACCAAAAAGCGUUUUGCUGGGCUCUGUGAUUGGCAUUGCAACAAAUGCUACCCUUCUGAGUCAGAUAAUUAUAUACCAAAAGCCGAAGCUGCGUGCUGAGAAGGAGAAGAAAACUGAGUAGAAGAAUGCCUCCCGCGAUACUGGUAGAUUUGCUUCAGUUAAAGAUACCAACAGUUCCAGCAACGAAUGUACAAGGAAAGGAUUUAAUCAUCCUUACAUUAUCGUUCAAACUUAGCUUAACAAUGUUUCUACAGGUGUUGGUCAUUAACACAUAGAAAAGAGACAACAUUAUUCAUCUAUCCGAGUAGUCUUUUUCUAUUAUUUUUCUUUGCUAAACAGUGAGAUAAACGGGAAAUUAUGGCAGAUAAUCCUUUACUUUUCUUUUUUUGUUCUUUUUCGAAAGUGAAAAUGUAGUUAAACCCCUUUUAUCAUUGUUACUUUAAUCUUUACAUGUCACCAUGCUCGUUUGUAUGUGAUUACUUUAGACCAGAUUGCUUUUCAAUUUAUGUUGCUCGAA